AGUUGCAGAUUGACCCGUCAGUUGUAAACUUGCCGUCAUCGUUAGUGAGAGUUCGCAUCGCUUUGGCUCUUAAGCUCGUACUUACCGGAAUAGUUGAGCACGUGCUUCGUUCCGCAACACGCUAGAGUGAAAUCUAUGACUAAGUGAAAUAUUAGAGUGACUAGUGGAAAUUUUAAGUGUUAAAAUGGCAAAGAGAAAGCAACAUAAUCGUUGUUUAACUAUCGGUAUGAUCUACAUUGUUACCAUUAUUAGCCAAGCCAUGACUGAUGACCCCCGAUUUGCAGAGCCAAUUCCCAACGUAACAGUGGCUUUAGGUAGAGAUGCCAGUUUGCCCUGCAUAGUGGAAAAUCUCGGAACAUACAAGGUGGCUUGGAUACAUAUAGAUCGUCAAAUGAUAUUAACUAUCCACAGACAUGUGAUAUCUAGGGUAGCAAGAUUCAGCGUAUCCCAUGACAAUGCAAAAACGUGGUUAUUACAUGUCAAUAGCGUCCAAAAAGAGGACAGGGGAUACUAUAUGUGUCAGGUGAAUACAAAUCCGAUGAUAAGUCAAGUUGGGUAUCUGCAAGUUGUAGUUCCACCAAACAUAAUUGAUACUGAGAGCACUCAAUCAACUGUGGCAGUCCGAGAAAAUCAGAAUAUUAGUUUGACGUGUAAAGCGGACGGAUUUCCUACGCCAAAAAUUAUGUGGCGGAGAGAGGACGGCCAAGCAAUUUCCGUGGAAAGGAGAAAGAAAGUGAACGUGUACGAAGGAGACCAACUAAAUCUCACCCGCAUCAGCCGUACAGAAAUGGGUGCCUAUCUUUGCAUAGCCACAAAUGGGGUUCCUCCGUCUGUUAGCAAACGAAUCAUCGUAGAUGUUGAAUUUUCUCCGAUGAUUUGGGUCCCAAAUCAGUUAGUAGGAGCUCCUGCUGGUACAGACGUUACAAUCGACUGCCACACUGAAGCAUAUCCCAGAGCCAUUAGCUAUUGGGUGUACGAGAACGUCAUGCUCCUUCCUACUAAGAAGUAUGGAACUGAAACGAUGGAAAACAGCUACCGGGCGCACAUGAAAUUGACGGUGCGAAACCUACAGGAAGGAGACUUCGGCAACUAUCGAUGCAUCUCCAAGAAUUCUCUAGGGGAGACUGAAGGAUCCAUCCGUCUAUACGAAAUACCAAUGCCAUCGACACCCCCCAGGGCAACUGAAAUGAAAAGUAAUUCAAACAAAGAAAACAGUGGAAAGCGCAACACAAGUAGAAGCUCCAAUCAACAAGAUCGCUCCAAAGUAGUAAUGGUAUCUUCUUCGGAGAAAGAUGCUGUUCAAUCUGGUCCAGCAUAUGAUUCAGGCGUAGGAUUUUAUACCCCUUCAACUCCUCAGAAUUCAGCAUGUGUCAGCAUAGCAAGGUGGGCAGCGCCACAAAUUGCAGCUGUGAUUCUUCACUGUUUUUUGUCGGGUACGUUUUCCCUCUCUCAAAAUUAAUGUACCAUAUCAAGUAAUCCUAUCUAGAAACAAACAAGAUUACAUUUCGCCUCUCAGCUUUUGUGUUGUUAGACCUCGUUUUUCAACAUUAUUGUGACUUUUAACUCUUGAAGGUGUCAGGUUUUAGUGAAAUUGUUUAUUAAACAAUAGCAAGUGAAUUCAUGUUCUACAAUUUAAAUCAAAUCAGUGUUUUAUUUAUCAAGAAUCCAGCGAUCAAUAAAUUAUAAAAAGAAAGAGAGAUGUCUUGAAUAUUUUCUGAAAAAUAUUCACAUUUAGAUAAGAAUAAUCCACUAUAGUAUCUUUGGUCAUAAAAUAUCCUUCGACGCUUCGAAUUCGUUAUGCUGAUGCCUACAAAACUCCGAUGUCGUUUGCUGUUACUACAAAUGGAUUCAAUAAAAAAUAAUCUUCAGAUCGCCAUGCCCAAGAAGCCUCUAACAACGCUUCAUAAAUUCUAGUUCAGUUAUAUAUUGAUCUCAAGACUAAUUAAAAAACCUUAUUCAAGAUUUUCGGCCCUUUAUAUUGAGUGAGAGUACAACAGCACUACACAACAUCUAUCUAUUUACUUCUCACCUGCACCAGCAUUGUCAAAGCACGUUAAACUGAAAUAUGUAUAUAGACCCAUAAAUAUAUAAAGUCUAUUAGUAUAAAGUACAAAAGAUGUCCGUACGUAAUGCUUUCAAAUAGAAGUCCAAAAGAUUAGAAGUAUUUCUAUUUUCUAAGCUUUUCUACUUGAUGAUCCUGCCUUUGUUGUUUUUGUAUUAAGUUCAAUUUUUCAUCCUCAGUUAUUUUACGGUAACAAAUGUAAACGUGAUCUGAAACUUCAUUAAAAAAAUUGAAAUAGUUGACAUUGAAACAGAAUUUCUUUCAAAGAUUACACUAGAUAUUACUCAAUAAAGAUUAUUUUACUUAGAAUAUACACAAUCUAGUGUAUAUUUGAGAUGAUUUACACAAAAAUUGAGUAACUCACAAUUUUUUUCAACUUUAUCAUGUUAUUUUUGGUUAGAAUACAAUAAAGUAUUGUUUGUCUAAAUAAUUCUUGAGGCUUAAUGAUAUAUAAUAUGCAAUUCACUUGCUAUUGUAGUGUUGAAUCAAAAUUAUAUUUGAAAAUGUAUUCUUUUGUUUUUUGUUCUUGACGUAAAAUGUGGUUUUACUAUAAUUCUUCUUUUGUUUAUUUAUUAAUUCCAAAGACAAUGUAUACAGGUUGCUCAUUUCAUUAUGAUCAUUUUAUAAAUAUACGAUUAAGCGAUUAAUGCAAUAGUGACAUUUAAAUUUGAUUAAUCUCUCAUUGAUUUGUGGUAGUUAAAAAUCGGAGUGAAAAUGUACUUAGACGGGGAGCUGUAGGAUUAUUAAAUAUUUUCAAAGAUUAUAUCGGUGGGAGUAAAUUAAAAAGAGUGUUCAGGUCAAAUUAACAAUUUAUAUUAGAUUUGACAGACGAAUCAGACUAGGGUGAAUAGGAUGUCAAUGGCUCCUAAAUUUUUUCGGCCUAAAACAUUGUCGCGUUUCGAUUGAUUUAUUAGUAUUUUUAUCUAUACAAACGCAUAAAAAUAUUUCACUUCCGCGAUCACAGAGCACAGUAAUAUUAUCUAUUGUUAUGAUUACUUCCACAUUCCUUCUCUAAACAUAUUGCUUGUGAAAAAAAUCUCUUCAAUGACUCUAAAAAAAAUGAUACUAAUAAUAAUUUAUGUCAGUUUUUC